AGUGACUCGCGGGCGGAGCAGGAAGGAAACCGCUCCCGAGCUCGGCGGCGUCGUCUCCCGGCAGUGCAGCUGCUGCCACCACUGCCCCUCCGUCUGUCUGCACGUUUGUCUGCUUGCAGCAUGAGCGGCCUGCGGGUCUACAGCACGUCGGUCACCGGCUCCCGAGAAAUCAAGUCCCAGCAGAGCGAGGUGACCCGCAUCCUGGACGGCAAACGCAUCCAGUACCAGCUAGUGGACAUCUCCCAGGACAACGCCCUGCGGGAUGAGAUGCGAGCCUUGGCAGGCAACCCCAAGGCUACCCCACCCCAGAUUGUCAACGGGGACCAGUACUGUGGGGACUAUGAGCUCUUCGUGGAGGCUGUGGAACAGAACACACUGCAGGAAUUCCUGAAACUGGCCUGAGUUGAGCCAGCCCACAGUUCCCACAGGACUCAGCACCACAUUCUCCCCACAGCCUUGCAGGACCUUGUGACCAACUCCCUUCAGUCUUAACUUUCUUACCUUGGAAUCCCUCACCCUAGCCUAUAGCCUUCUCCCUCUCUGUGACUCCCUUUCCUCCAUUCAGAGGCAACAUUCCUUAUCUACUAGUCCGAGAAAUUGUCUUAAAAUAACAGCCCAAGGGCUAGCUUUCCUCAGCCAAGCCUUGCGGCUGCCACCCCACCUGACACUGGCUGGUGGGCACUUCUGUUAGUUCCAUUAGCCAGAGCUCUGCCAAAGGCCCCGCAGCCCCCUCCCCCAACACCCUAGAACAAUUAAAUGCCCAUUCCAUUGG